AUGAACUCCAGCGUCCCGCCGUGGCGUGCAACUGCCUCGCCUUCCAGCACAUCUUUAUUUCAUCAGACUGCACCUCCAGCCUAUAUCCCGGUGCAAGCACGCCGUAGCCUGACUUCUAAUAAGUCUACCCACACAGCCUCCAACGGAUUUGCCGCUCAGCCGACCAUGCCUACGACAGCCGACUCCGAGCGAAAGCGGAUCGAGUUCCCACCGGCUGUACGAUCGUAUGUGCAGCGAUGCUUUGCGCCAGAAAACCAGAUCGCAAGUGUUAGCAAUGCAGAAAUGCAAGAGAAGUUGAAAAAUGUCAUCACCAACGCGGCGGAGUCCAACCAACUGGAAUCCAUCGACUGGGAACGGCUAGCACUCCCCCAGGUGAUGGUCCAGAAUGAGCGCAACAAGAUUCUGGCCAACCCCAGUAUCUCGAACUGGGCUGCUGCCGGACAACCAUCCUCGCCGCACAAGAGAAAAUCCAUGGAGGGCCACCAGCCGGAGACCAGCUCGCCACCGUGGAGGAAAGCUAAUCAUCGCAGAGGUUUCGAAGAUCGAGUCACUUACCCACCCACAGAAAAGAGGCAGCGCUUGACCCUGGACGACUCUAGUAAGUCCAAAGCUAAUUUGGAAAUGAGAAAGAAACGCUUCGAGGGCGCCGGAAGUGGCUAUGGCUCCCCCUACUCCCCAUCUCCUGCGCACUCUCCGGUCCAAAGUGCCGCUGCCGACCAGGGCCCGGUGGUUGGUCGCUGCCAAACCCUGGAGAAGAAUUAUUUCCGUUUGACGUCUGCUCCCAAUCCGGACACUGUCCGUCCACUCGUGGUGCUGGAAAAGACCCUGGAUCUCCUGAAGAAAAAAUGGAGACAAGAGGCCAACUACGGGUACAUCUGUGACCAGUUCAAAUCCCUCCGCCAGGACUUGACAGUGCAGCACAUCCGGACCGAGUUCACGGUGCUUGUGUACGAAAUCCACGCGCGGAUUGCCUUGGAGAAGGGGGAUCUUGGUGAGUAUAACCAGUGCCAGACGCAGCUGCGGGUGCUGUACGCGCAGCAGCUGGGCGGCCACCCAACGGAGUUCAAGGCGUAUCGUAUUCUCUAUUUCAUUUACACCCGCAACUGGACGGCCAUGAAUGACGCCCUGGCCGAUGUGACCGCCGCAGACAGGCAAGACCCGGCCGUUAAGCAUGCCCUGGAGGUUCGGUCCGUCCUGGCGCUGGGCAACUACCAUCGGUUCUUUCAGUUGUAUCUCGACACACCGAAUAUGGGGGCGUAUCUGAUGGACAUGUUUGUUGACCGCGAACGCCUCUCCGCGCUGGCCGUUAUCUGUAGAGUGUACAAACCCGACGUCACUAUUCGGUUCAUCACGGAGGAACUCGGCUUCGAGUCUGAUGAGCAGACCGCCCGGUUCAUCCUAGAUCAUGCGUCGGACACCCUUCUCGAGGAGCGGGAGGGGUCCGUGAGACUAUUGACCGGCAAAGCGGGCCAGGUCUUUGAACGAGCCAAGUCCGAAGCCCACCGCGUCGUCGACAUUAAAGGGCAGAUCUAG